AUGAUUGCUGAAGUAAUGCCUGAUUUUCUAAAGAAAUACUUUCCUUUAAUCCUGAGCUUUUUAGUACUAAUCAUUUACUUUACUUUUGUGAAUUUUGUUUUUAUUCAAGUAUCGAAAUGUAUUUCAGAAUUUUAAUCAUUAGAGACCUUAAUAGAAUGGAUAUAUAUAAGCAUAGGAACUUUUAGUAUUGUUAUGCUAUUUUGGGCUCUGUAUAGAACAUCAAGAAUUGAUCCUGGAUUUAUUCCUAAGGAUACAUUAGGAGAAUAUGAUGAAAAUAAAUAAAGAGACUAUUGUCUAUAGUGUAGAAUUAAGAGACCAGAAAGAUCUCACCAUUGUUCUAAAUGCAAAAGAUGCAUUUUAAAUAUGGAUCACCAUUGCGUUUGGACAGCUAACUGCAUAGGCUUAUACAAUAGAAAAUAUUUUUUACUCAUUUUGUUUUGGGGUUCUAUAGGAAUGUUUUCAGCCACUUUACUUGGAUUAAUGAAUAUCGAGGCUCUUUGGAAUAGAAUUUGGGAAAAUGAUUCCCUAGAUCUUAGUAAAGUCAAGGCAGCAUUCAUAUUUCUAAUGACAUUUUCACAAUUUUUAAAUGGCUUGGGUUUAUAUUACUUCUUUUGGAAUAAUUUCAAAUUGAUUGCUGUUAAUAUUUGUACACUAGAUUAAAUGAUUUUAGAGAUUGAAGCUUAAACAUAAAGAAAAUAUGUAUGAAUUCAAUCUAUUUAUAAGCAUACGGAUUUAACAAUAUAUAAUUUAGGAUUUUGGUACAACUUUACAUUUUAUUUUGGAAAAAAUCCUCUUCUUUGGCUGAUACCUAUUGGAGCACCUAUAGGUGAUGGGUAUCUUUGGGAUAAAAAAGCUAGUUCUAGAGAAAUGGUAGAAACAACUUUAUAAUUCACGGAAUGA